UUGAAUGUUUUAGUUCUUCAGGUCACACGCGAUGAUGAUCGGAACACAAUCCGAAGAAGUUAUCGUCGCCUUGCGCUUCAAACACACCCGGACAAACAGACUAACGACGAGGCGAAGGCUAAAGCUGAGGAACAAAUGAAAUUGUUAAAUGCAGCAUAUGAGAUUUUGACAGAUCCUGAACAACGUCGCGAGUACGACUAUAUGUUAGACAAUCCGGAUCAGAUGUACUACAACUAUUAUCAAUACUAUCGUAGACGUUUUGCACCGAAAGUGGACGUGCGACUGGUUAUAGCAGCCAUCCUUAUUCUGGUAUCCAGUAUUCAGUACGUUGGCCAAUGGACCUCUUACAGAGAAGCAUUAUCGUAUCUCUCGCGUGAUCCCAAGCAUCGUUCAAAGGCUCGUGAAAUUGCACAGGCCGAGGGACUACUCAAUGUGAAGAGAAAGGAGAACGGAAAACGGGGAGAUUGUCAAAAACCAAGUUUGCGUCGAGUGCCGAUUGUUCGACUCUUUUUCCUGCCUUACGCAGUAUUUCAAUGGUCCCGAUGGGCAGGAAGAUGGGUUAUGGAUUAUUGGAUCCUUCGAAAACCGUAUGACGAUGAUGCCAAAGAAUAUCUGACCCGACGACGAUUGGGUAUGAAUGCUGACCAAUGGGACGGUUUAGAUGAAGCGCGCAAACAGUUCUACCUCCGACUAGCUUUGUGGGAUCCCGCCAACUUCAAGGUCUACACAGAAUCCAAAGCAGAGGAACAACGGAUCCAGGCUGCCGAAAACUCUCAACACAAACGAUAUCGACGAUACGUGAAACGAGCUGGUGGCCCUCCAAAACUUGGUUUAGAAGAUAUGGAUCUGUGA